GCGGCGAGGUCACGUGAGCGGAAGGCGCGAGUUGCCAUGGCGAGGGCGGGAUGGCGGCGCCCUGUUGGGUGCUGCGGUGCUGCUCAUGCCGCCGCUUCCAGGCGCAGCAGGCCAAGCGGAGCGGGAAGUGGAGCUGCUGCGUGUGCGGGCAGCGGCAGGCCCUGCAGAAGGUCUACGGGCAGGGCUCCGGCCGGGACUGCAGGCUGCACGUCCAGAAGCUGAACUUGCUGCAGGGUGAGGCAGAGGAGGCCGCUGCCCGCACGGCUCGGUACAGAGAAGAAUGUGAAAACGACAACAGAAAUGCAGCAGUCCUCUGUGAGAACAGUUUGGUACAGCAGGGGGAAAGGACAGAAGUCAGUCGCUGGAGUAAGUAUCUGGACAAGGGCAGUGAAGAUCAAGAAGAGGAGGAAGAGGAAGCAAGUACAGAAAGGCAACAGUUCUGUUCCUGGAGGAAGAAUGCUGUGGAAGAACGAAGGAAAAUGCAGGAGAGUUUCCUCUACAAUGAUGAGAACUCAGAGGAAGAUGGUGCUUUCCAGCUUGCCUACCAAGCCAAAAAGCACAAGAGAUGUUCAACAGCAGUGCCUGAUGGAGAUGACAUUUCUGCAGACAGUAGUGUCUCUGAGUCCACAGUGCCACAACAGAACAACCAACCCCCAGCUGCUUGUACCAAACCCUCCAAGUGGGAAAAGUAUCUCUCCUGUUCUAACAACUGCAGUGAAAAUGCUGUUAUGGCCACCUUGUCACCACAGGAUGGCAGUGGAAGGUUGAGACCACACAGCACCACUGCUGUAAGUAAGGCCAAUACACAUUUGGAACAGGCUCAAAGUGCUCUACCUCUAGGUACAGAUUUUGAAUCUAAGAAGUGCAUUGCUAACACUGAGCAACUUGCCUUAAAACUGCCUGGCAGCAUGCUGCCCAGAAUCAGUUGUUCAGGUGAGAAUGAUGCAUUGGCCAAGAAGCCUCAAAGUCAGAUGCUAUGGGCUGGAGCUGGUGACUUCAACACUGGUAGCAGACCUCCUGCACCCACCCUUGUGAGGCCCAAGCCUCACACUACUUCUUGUGAACGCCUCUUCUGCACAGGUGAUGACUUUAAUGAUGAUUUCUGAAAAACUUGAGCAUCUUCACCAUUGCUUUUCUGUCUUUCUGUUGUGGGUUUGGCUUGUAUACAGAACUGAAGCAAGAUUUUGAAGUGAAGGUGGCUUUAAGAGCACUAUUAAAGAAGUUGCUUAAAGGCUA